GUCAGUUCACGUAGCCUCAUCAUCUAUAGCCACCACAAGCCGCUAGCUUAAUCCGGCCCUGACUGUAGACCAGUGUUUUCAUACUAGUAAUGAAAUAAUAGGUUAUAUCGUCAAACCUCUGUAUAAAAUAUAUUAGCUGUGUUAAUUAUGUUUCCAUCUGUACAAUUAUCUUGUUUAUUGGACUAUAUUUGAUUGGAUUCUUAUCAAUAAUGGAUACUGUUUCACAAAUGGGUGGUUUUCUGUGUUUGGUAUUUAGUGUCAUUUAAACUAAUGAUUGAAUUUAAUAUCAAAAGUUAAUUCAUUCUUUACAGACUCGAUUUGUAAAAAAAAAUGGCUAAAGUACCGGCAGCCUUCAAUUUUCCAGUAUUAGAACAAUCGUUCGAUUACAAAUACAACGAAAGGGAAUUAUUCAUAAAACGUAUGAACAGCAUUUCGACUUUUCAAGAAAUAACAGACAUCAUCAAAUUUUUCCUCGACAUAUUCGUCGUUUCAAUAGACAUUUAUUUAAUAAUAAUCGUAUGCAGAAACCCGAAAUUAAAAAUGAUCAAAGCGAAUAAAUUGAUAAUGCACUUUUCGUUAUUCAACAUACUGUACACGAUUUCCAAGCCGAUUUUGACGAUUUUCAUGGAAAUUUUCGACUUGUGGCAACAUAUAACUUUGAGUUUUUGGUGUAUUCAAGAUGAAAUCGAAAAUAGCGGCUUGCUGGGCAUGUUUCUAACCGGAUUGGCGCUGUCCGUAAAUUGGUUAAUCACCGUCAAUUGUAAGAACGUCAAACAAAUUUUUUUGAAAUUAAACAAUAACUUGAUAAUCGUCAUUUACGUAUUGAUAUCAGCAAAUUUAAUCGGCGGGUUUAUUUUAUGUCAAAUUACGUAUAGAAACUGGUCGCUUUUACCUCAACUAAUUUUUUUAUUACUAACAAUAAUAUUUGUAAUAAUUUGUGACUGUAAAAUUAAAGCUGAUGAUAACAAAAAAAAUUAUCCUUUGAGGAUAGCCAAUGUUGUGAUAAUGAGCUGGAUUCCUAUUAUCCUUUACCUUGUACUCCACGCUAUUUUCCAAAAUAAUUACACAGUCCUUUUUAUCCUUUACGUAACUUUGUUUAUUCCUGAAUUUAUAGCUUACGGUAGUCCGAUUACUGUUAUUUUCACUUUGUAUUAUAUAAACAAGAAUUUUAAAAUAGCCGUUCGAAAAUCUUGUUGUACUAAUAAUGGUUACGGUCUAGAAAAUCAUUUCGAAGACGAGGGCGACGAAUCGUGUACGGAUGAUUUAGAAAAUAAAGCUCAAUUAUUGUAACAUCGUAUAUAAUAAAUUUUCAGAAAGAAAA